AUGGCUGACGAGGCGGUGCGGUCAGGCAAAGUCGUUAUUGACGAUGCACACAGCUUCUUUGUUUGGGCCACCGAAUAUCAAAGUAGUGUGACCUACAUUUACUACUCAACAGAUGACUUCAAAAUGGCAUCAGCAAGGCUGGACAAGUACAAUGGCACACAGACUGUCCCUGGCACAAUGUCAAUGCAUGCCAUAUGCGCAGUGGACAGACACACCGUUCUCACUCGUGUCACCUCGUGUUACUGUCCCGACUGCCUUUCCAGCCCAAAGGAUAGCCAUUGUGCAUGGAAAGCCGCCAUGCUCACUCCACCCAGUGCGUUGAGUCUACGCAAUGAGCUCGCUCUAAAGGUAGACGACUUUGUCGCUGCCGCUUACGAAGGGGACUGGUAUGUUGGCAAAGUACAGCAGAUCGACCAGGAGGACGGCGAAGCUCUCGUGACUUUUAUGUCACGUAGUGGCACUACCCUUCAAUCUUUCAGCUUCACAUGGCCUGCCCGCGAAGAUGUUAUUUGGAUCAAGAGGGACAUGAUCUUAUGUGUCAUCGAGCCGCCCACCCGAAGUAGUAAAACGCGCAAAACAUAUAGUUUGACUCCUGCGACACUGGAGCUCGUUAAGGAUCUAGGCAUUAGAAAACCUUUUAGAUCCUCUCGUAAGUCCCGAGUCAACCGUUCGGAUGGUCUCCCUGUGCCUGAGACCACAGGUACCCCAUCAGUCGAUGAUGUCGCUGCUGGAACUCUUAAAGCUUCAAUUCCUAGUUUGGUUUACAGUAAUAUCAGAUCAAUUCAACACAAGAUCGAUGAGCUUCAAACUGUUGUUAAUCUCAAUAGACCCCAAAUCGUCUGCAUCACUGAGUCUUGGCUGCACCCUGACAUCCCGGAUGCUGCAGUUAACCUCCCCGGGUUUUCGUGCUUCAGGCGCGAUAGAACACACACGUCUGGUGGUGGUGUAUGCGUUUACGUUGACUCUAACAUCUCGUGCACAAGACUGUCUGACUACGAAUCACAGGACAUCGAAUCGAUAUGGAUUGAUGCUAGACCACGCAGGCUCCCUCGCAAAAUCUCCAGGAUAUUACUUGGAUCUGUAUACCACUCCACUAGUUGUGGCGAGGUUGAGAACUGUAGGCUCCUAGAACAUCUGCAGUCUAAUACUGAGAGCUUCCUACGUAAUCAUCCAGAGGGACUUGUUCUUAUCUGCGGUGAUUUCAAUCCCACAAGUACUCGGUUCAGUGUAGUCGCUACAAAGCGUGCUACGGGUCUCUCUCAGAUCGUCAAAGUACUGACCCGUGAUACCGGCAUCCUCGACUGGUGCCUUACCAACAUGCCUAACUCCUUCGCUCCUGUGUGCCAGCUGCCAAAGAUUGGAAGAUCCGACCACUACACGUUGCUUAUAGCGCCUAUUCUGAGGUCUCUCAAACCUAGGGCUAAGACAACUAUUUGGAAACGUGACCUCCGGCCCAGUAAGAUCCGGGACUUUGGCUGUUGGAUAACGCAGCAGCGCUGGACCGAAGUAUUUGACAAACAGCUGGUCUCUGAAAAAUUCCAGGCAUUUUCGGAUGUUUUGUAUAUGGCUGUCGAUAAGUAUCUCCCUCUCAGGAAGAUAUCGAUUUGCAGUAGUGAUAAACCGUGGGUAUCCAAUAAGCUCAAGUACCUUGUUUCCAAACGCCAAAAGGCAUUACAUCAAUUUGGAAAUGACUCACCGCAAUUCAAAAUGUACAGAAACUCUGUUCAGGAAGAGUGCAAAAAAAGCAAAGCCUCUUACUAUAAGACCAAAGUCGCCAAACUCAAGAAUACCAAUGUGAAAAGGUGGUGGAAAGAAGUCAAGGGUCUAUCUGGGGACAGCGGGUCUUCACGUGACUGGUCUCAACAGAUGUUGUGUGACGACAUUCCAACAACCUCUGACCUAGCUACUAGAUUUAACAAUUUUCUCGGUAGUUUAACUGCGCACUUUGAACCACUCCCGCCUCAAGCACCUGGGUCAUUCUACCAGGUCCCUGAUGAUCUGUUGAUCGAUAAUAGGCGUGCGUACCAGGCCCUCCGCCAGGUGAAAACCAACAAGUCAUCUGGUCCUGAUCCAAUUCCAGCUAGGAUCUGGAACACCUUUGCAAUCGAACUCGCUCCUGUGGUUUGCGAUCUAUACAAUGCGUCGCUCAUUCAAGGAUACGUCCCUUCUCCACUAAAGCAGUCUGAGAUCUCGCCCAUCCCCAAGUGCCCCCGCCCUAAAGUAGUCGAAGAUGACCUACGGCCGAUCGCCUUGACAUCACAACUCGCCAAGGUACUGGAAGGGUUUACGCUUCAGCCACUAUUCCAUCAAGUGCUACAUCAACUGGACUGGUUACAGUUUGCAGUUGCUGGGAAGUCUACUACUGAAGCGCUGGUCUAUGUGAUGCACAUAAUUUUCGAGGCUCUCGACAAAGGGGACUGCUGGGUCAGACUGUUUUUUUCUGACUUCAGUAAAGGCUUUGAUUUAGUGGACCAUAACGUUCUAAUAGCAGAAAUGAGUCACCUAGGUGUCCAUGAAUGUAUCAUUCGAUGGGUGUCGUCAUUUGUAUCCAACAGGAGUCAGUAUGUUAAGAUAAGGGAUUCACGCUCCCAUGUAAUAUCACCUAAGGGAGGAAUCCCACAGGGCACCAGGCUAGCUCCGUUACUAUUUGCAAUAUUGGUGAAUAGGUUAGCGCGCGACUGGCAGUAUCGCAUCAAGUAUGUAGAUGACGCUACAGUUUUUGAAAUUGUUCCAAGAAAUUCUCCUAGCUACCUUCCGUUUGUUGCGAAUGACAUAAAUAGCUAUGCCCUUGCACGCAAUAUGCGCCUUAAUGCCAAGAAAUGCAAAGAAAUGGCCAUGUGCUUCCUUACUUAUAAUUCUACUGAGCUUGCUCCUAUGCUCAUAAAUGGUUGUGUUAUUGAGCGCGUGGAUUGCUAUAAGUUGCUUGGUGUCCACAUCACCAGUGACUUCUCGUGGAAUACUCACUGUGAUGCUAUCGUGAAGAAGGCCACCAAGCGUUUGUAUGCAAUCCGUGCGCUCAAGAAAAGCGGUCUAUCAUCAAACGACCUUAUUCAAGUAUACUGUAGCACAAUGAGACCUGUGCUUGAAUAUGCCUCGCCUGUCUGGUCGGCAUUGCCAGAGUACUUGGUAGAGUUAGUGGAAUCGGUCCAAAAAAAAGUGCUGCGCAUAGUGUUUCCAAACCUCUCUUACCAUGAGGCAUUAUCACACGCUAAAUUGGAAACACUAUGCCAGCGUAGAGAAACGGCAUGCAUCGCUCUCGUGGCAAAGGCCAAACGCGGAGGCCCCCUUAAACGCUUAAUUCCUAUUCCUGUAGCAACGCACCAUGGGUAUGGUUUACGGUCCGGUACGGCGUCUGUUGUCCCCAUCUGCGGCCGUACGAAUAGGCUCAACAAUUUCUGUACUUAUCGUUAUCAACAAGUUAUGUAA